AUGCUACGUGCCUUGAUCGUGGGCCUUGGUUUUACGUUGCUUCUGCUGUUUCGGCUCCACGCUGCUGUUGCUAGUUGUAGUAGUGGUAUAGUAGAAGACGGAGAUGAAUCGGAGCAUUCAUGCCAUUGCAAUCAAGAGGAGAGCCAUCAAGUUAAGCGAGGUGGCUCAAGAUUGUCUAAAAACAGAUGGGAGCGACCACUGGAAUUGGCCGUGUCUGAUGGAGUUCCCUCUCUUGCGCCGCCAACACAAGUCCUGGAGAGAGGGGCCCAGGGCAAUGAGAAAACGCAACAACAUCCCAAGGUGACUAAGGUUGAUGAUGAAGUGGUGGAUAUUUGCAGCAGUGACGAGGAGGAGCAUCCACACAAGAAGAUAGGGCGCCAAGAUGACGGCGAACAGCUUGAGUUGGCAGCAAAGACAAGUUUGCCAGAUCAGAACAAGAAGGCCACCAACGCCAGGGCCCGCACCAGCAACCCCCACACCACAAGUCCAGGGCCAGAAAAGAAAGACCCAUGCGUUGGGAUCAAUGAGACUCGGGAUGGCCAAAAAGCCUUGACCCAACCCAUAAAGCAGACUCCUUCACCAAAUUGCACAGAAUCACCCAGUCGGCAACAAUCAAGCAAAGCACCAUCUAGCGUGCCAUUUCGUAGCUUUGGAGUAUUUUCCUUGCCAAGCCGGGCGCCAGAUAGAACUCGUGGAGACGUGAGAACGGGGAUCCUUCGCAACGAUAUCCAUACCUCAGUACCAACACCCCCCGCACAAGCACUGCCAACGACGCAAACAAAAAGACCUCGCAUUCAUCGGGAGGUUGUAUGUCCUCCUGGCAAAAGUGGCUGGGGCCUCCUCGGCGAAUGGUGGGAACUACCCACAAAUAGAAACAAGGCAGCCAAUAACGGGACACACAAGAGAGAUGCAGGCAAGAAUGACACAACUAACCAGGGAAACAACAACAACAACAACAACAACAACAACAACAACAACAACAAUAAGAAGCGAAAGCGACAUGAUGGCAACGAUCAGAUCGAGACAAGGUUCGAAAGACGAGCUGUCGACACGCGAUUCAACAGGAGAACGACCAUACGGACACCAGCAACGAAUCGUCCCACUUCUACUGGAGGUGCUCCCGAGCCUGUGGAUAUCUCAGAAGUGGACAUUUCAUUACCAAACCACUCUUUGGUUCGAUCUCCAUCAUGGCACUUUGAGAUUACAACGGAAGGAGCUGUGGUGGAAACUACAUCCGUUGAGGAGCAACGACAGCAGCCACAACAACCAGCACGUAAGAUUCAUUCCGAAUACAAAGCAGCGGAAGCAAAAGUGAAGCAGUUUCUGCGAGCCAAUGCACAGCCCGUGUUUGCCGGCCUUCCUCCUAACCGUGAGCCCAACUGUGACGCGUACUUGAAUGCUGCCAGAUAUCUGGCAGCCAAGGGAAUGGAAAUCCCCAAAGAUGUCAUGGAUUGCCUUGGCAGAACCAUUGAGCUACGCCAAGAGCUCUUCAACUUUUACAACGAUCAGGACCGAGGCCACCGAUACUAUCUUUCCAUGUGGAGGGAGUGUGCUCGAGUGUUUGGACCGGAUGUGGAAGAGAGACCGAAGAAACGCCAGCGAGUUCCUGAGGCCAGAACACUGUUGCCGUUCAUGCCAAGGUCGUUUUUAGUCCAAGUACAAGCGGAGUGA